UUUUUUUUUUUUGCUUUCAUUAUCAUAUUAUGGAAAAAGACAUUGAACUAGAGAAGAUCUCAUCAGAAGAGGUAUCAGACAAAGUCUCUUUUGUUCAUGAAGAUCUUUAUUCUCCAGAAGAAAAAGCCUAUUUAAGAAAACUGAAUAUCAGAUUAUUGCCUCUUGUUUUCUUGAUUGUGUUUAUACAGUUUUGUGAUAAAUCAGCAUUAAGUGUGGCAGCUGUAUUGGGUAUUAUGGAAGAUGCUGGUCUCUCAGGGAGUCAAUUCAGUUGGUUAGGAUCGAUCUUCUACCUUGGUUAUCUUUUAUGUCAAGUGCCUAAUCAUUAUUGCAUUCAACGGCUGCCUAUUGGUCGUUAUCUUGGCUCUGUAUUAAUUGUAUGGGGUGUUGUGAUGGGAUUAACCGCUGUCUGUCAUACGUUUCCCCAACUGCUUGGGUUACGGUUCUUACUUGGGUUCUUUGAAGGUGUUACGUAUCCUUGUAUCUAUAUCACCAUGAAUACACUCUAUCGUCGUUCUGAACAGUCUCGGUGCUGGGGAUUUCUCGGUAUCAGUACCGGUAUGGGGACUGUCUUUGGUGUGGUGAUUGCUUAUGGUUUAGCCCAUAUGGACCAUGUUGCUGGUUUCCGAGCAUGGCGAUGGGGCUAUAUUGUGUUUGGUAUAGCCACUGUCUUGAUUGGUAUCUUGACCUUUUUCUGCUUGAUUGAUCACCCACAUCAUCCUCUCCUUAAAGUGACAAAGGCAGAGGAGCAAGUGAUUGAAGACAGAGCCCGUGAUAACAAUGUCGUCAGAAACACGACAAUCAAGCGAGAACAGAUCUUGGAAGCCUUAAAAGAGCCUCGUCUUUGGCUUAUCUUUAUUGCCAACACACUCAACUGUCUUCAGAAUGGUGGUCUUGUCACGUUUAGUACUUUACUUGUGGAAGGACUUGGGUUUUCAUCAUUAACAGCCAUUAUCUUACAAGUACCAAAUGGUGUUGCUGCGGCAUUGUUUGCUAUCGGUGCUGUCUUGAUGGCCAACAGAAUAGGCCAGAACACAUUUACAGGGAUUGGCGCAGCCCUGGUGUCUUUAUUAGGCUGUGUCUUGAUGGCCAGUAUACCAGGCACACCUAAACUUGUGGGCUUCUAUCUGACUUGGGCCAUGACAGGCGUCAGUGCUCUUUUACAGACACUGGUCUCCAACAAUGUCUCUGGUUAUACAAAACGUGUGUUUUACAAUGGUGUCAAUAUGGUGGCUAUGACCAUAGGUAAUUUCUGUGGUCCAUUGAUGAUGAAUCAAGAUCAAGCACCUACUUAUGUGGGGGCCAUGGUCGGGUUCUCAAUUACCAAUGUGCUUGUGAUUGUUUGCUUUUUAGGUGUCUAUUGGGUCAUGAAACAAGAAAAUAAGCGUCGUUUAGCCAAUCCUCCUGCUGAGAAAUCCAACGUCUAUUUGGAUUUAACAGAUCAACAAGAUAAAAAUAUUAUUUAUAAACUAUAAUUUCU